CACCCUCCAUUUCAGCGUCUGGAAAGUCUCAAGAAGUUCUUGCUUCAACAGUGAUUGAACGGAACUUCGAUCUCGUUGGAAAUAUAUUUCCGAAUACAUCUCAUCUACUAUUUAUACCGAUUUCUUACCAACGUUUUGAUAAUAAAACUAUAAAAAUCCGCCGAAAUGGAUUCUCAGAUUCGCCAGAACUUCGACCGCGACUGCGAGGCUUUGAUCAACAAGAUGGUGAAUUUGGAGCUUUAUGCUUCCUACACCUACACUUCAAUGGCUCACUACUUCAAACGGGAUGAUGUCGCACUUCCUGGUUUUGCAAAGUUCUUCAAGGAGAACAGUGAGGAGGAGCGGGAACAUGCUGAGAAAUUUCUGGAGUUCCAGAACAAAAGGGGUGGACGCAUUGUUCUUCAGGACGUAAAGAAGCCUGAGCGUGAUGAGUGGGACAAUGGUCUGACUGCUAUGCAGUGCGCUCUGCAGCUGGAGAAGAAUGUCAAUCAGGCUCUGCUGGAUCUGCAUAAGGUUGCCUCUGAGAAGGUUGACCCUCAUCUGUGUGACUUCCUGGAGACUCACUACCUGAAUGAGCAGGUUGAAGCCAUCAAGAAGCUUGGAGAUCACAUCACCAACCUGUCCAAGAUGGAUGCUGGCAACAACAGGAUGGCAGAGUACCUGUUUGACAAGCACACCCUGGACGGACAGAGCUAAAUGUUGCCCUCAGAUCAACUGCAUGUUUCAAAGCUUCCAUUAAUACUAGACGCUUAAAUCGUCAUGCAAUAUGAUUUCACAGCUCUUGCAAAGUUUUUUGAAGUCUGAGAUAUUAUGGUUAACGUAAAGUUUUGAUGUCACUAAUAAAAUGAUGCAGUCUUGUUCUUAAAGGAGUCCUCUUGUGGUCUUCACCAAGCCAUUGUUUUCUUGUUGAAUGUACACCGUUAACCUAGUGAAUUUUGAUGAAUAAACAUUUUGGGCUGGA